AUGGCUGAAAAGCGCAAGCUCCCCGCGCGUGACCGCCGCGAAUCUGCAGCCAAAAGACGUGUCUCCGAAGCCACGCCGCAGUCUCACAAGAAAAAGGCGCCAACUCCUCGCGCCCCAUCCCCCGAAUUAGUUGACGCUCCUUUACCAACAAAGGUUAAGGAUGGAGAUCCUUUGCCUAUUGUCCGCACGCGACAGGCACUAUCCUUGUCGGACAAUGAGUACCAAUCAAUCGCCGAAAGUGCGGUUCUCCUCGCUUCACUCGAACGAUCGAAGAAAAAGUGGCUGAGCGAUGGCAUUCUUGUUCGAUACUACACAAAGCCGAAGAAGACGAAGCGCGAGCAGAUCGAGAAGAACAACCCGUCAAAGGACACUAUGGCAAAAAUCGGGCCCUGCGAUGUCACCAUCGGUCCCCAUUUCUUUGAUGCUACGAUUUACAUUGUCAAAGAUCCCAGUGCGCCGCCGGCAUUGCAAUACGCACCCCCGCAACGACCGAUGGUUCACUACGGCCACCCUAAUAACUUCCAACAAUACCGACCGUAUCCCACGUCAUCCAAUCAACAACGACCUGCGCAAUAUUCUCCCGCUCCUCCAGGUCGCCCUGGGUAUACAGGCAGCCACCCUUCGCCCCAACAAGCUCGUGGCCCGAACGCACCCUCUCCUCAAGGAGGACAAAAGCCGCCACAUGGGCAAAAGAGCCAGCCAGCCAAGCCCAGUCCAGAUCCUGUGAUCCAAAUGCUAGCCACAAGGGCAGCUGCUGACCCUGAACUUAAGGCCUUGAUGCGUGUUGUUGCGUCAAGCCAAGCAUCUCAGGAGCAACUCCGGGCUUUCCAAGCACAUAUCGACGAACUCAAUGCAAUCAUCAAAUCAAGAGAGCAGCAAGAACACCGGCAGCAAUCUUCAGCAGGACAACCCAUUACGCAACAGUCAACCCCCACUCCACAACCCCAGACCCAGACCCAGAAACAACAACAUGGUGGGACGAAGUCAGUAUCGCUAGAGAAAUCCCCACAAACAUCGCAGACCCCAUCCAAAGGUCCGAAGCAGCCACCUCUGAAGACGGAGACGCAGCCUCCGACCCCUGCGCAAGAUCCACCAAGCCAGGCUCCUAAGCCUCCCCAGAGUGCCACCGGGUCGACCGCUGCCAAGGAAGAGCAACCAGCCACAGAACACAGCACCUCCCAGUCUGCGCCGUCCGAAGCAGCGCGCCCAGUGGUUCCGACCCCAUCAGCGAUUCCUGGUGCUGUAAGCACCCCAGCCACUGCUUCUACUACGCAGCAGCAGACUCCCGUGGUAAACCCGACACCACCAGCCAGCGCUCAGCAGCCAGGAGCACGACCCGGACCACCAUAUGCCCCCCACCAGCAACCUUCUUAUGGGUCACAACCUCCACUUCAGUCUCGACCACCCCAAUUUACUACGCCUGUUCCAUUCCCCCGCCCGGCUUCAAUCUCUUACGUAUCUCCACUUGGAUCUCCACCGAUAAACUACAAGUCUGUCGUGUUUGAAUUCACUUCUCCCUUGACUCCAUACGGAAGUAGUACUUCAGGUCAUGCCGGUUCGGGUGACCGCUAUCUUUUUCCUGAGUAUACCAUUCUGGAAUGGCUCCCAGCUGAAAACACAGUCAUCGCCUCGUUUUUGGUAGUCCGGAAAGUUCCUCCAAAUACAACCUUCCCUCUCGAAACCGCCACAGAAGCUGCCAACUCCAAAAGCAAAGGCAAAGGGGCAUCGAAAGCUAAGAAGAGUGAACCGAAAGUCAAAAUAGACAAGGACAAACUACCAACCGAUAGCCCAGCGCCCAGCCAGCCAUGCACACCCACAACGGGAACACCACAAAAGCAGGAACCCACCGAUCAAACAGGCAUCCUAACCCCCGGGCUCCCAGGGACUCCUGCCAAUGAGGCAAAUUUUAAGGAAUACUGGCAACCAGUAACGUUCCGCAUUCACGCCCCUAAUGCCAAAAUCCUCGAGCCUCUAGCGCGAGUCGUCAAGCCAGCCGACGAGGUGCGCAAAUAUAUGAAUGAUAUCAUGGAUCGCGCCGAACGUGCGCCGGAUGGGUACCUAGCUAUGCGGCUACCUCGCGAGGUGCCCUCAGAAUCCUUCCAAAGGGACGGAACACCUGCUUCUUCGGGCAAUCUCGGUUCCGGAACCCGCAGUCGUCUUUCCCGUGUUCAGCUCGCUGGCGACGAAUCGGAGGGGGAGAAUUCUGGCUUCGAAUUCGAGGAGGAUGAAGAAGAUCUGAAAGAUUUCUAUGAUGCGCCAAGCGGGUUACCGCCAUUGAAAGCAUGA